CACAAUCACACAGUGAACAACACUAUCACAUACAAUUCAGAAAGUGAUUUUUACGUGAAUAAAUUCUUGUCAUAAGAUUUCGAAUACUUGUCGCCAUCUGUUAUCAAGUAGCAGACAUGAUUAGUUUAAUAUACUUAUACGUUGCCGUGGCGGCGCUAGUGUCGCUGCAGUGCGGACUCGAUGCCGCGCAUAUCGACAAUUCCAAACUCGACAACAGUUUACAACCCAAUGUGAUCCCAAACCCAGCUCCCAAACGGCGUUUGUUGAGGAAAUUCGUUCACAUAUCAGAACCAUUGCCUGAGACCAUCCGACACGUUCCCGGCAUGACGCUCGAGAUCGAAUGCCCAGUCAUGGGCAAGCCGGCGCCCUCCGUCGAAUGGUUGAAGAACGGAGAACCUUUAAACGAUUUUGAGGAGGAAACUAACGAGAUAAUGCCGGCUCACCCGACAAGCUUGGCGCGUCUCACCAGCAAGCUGAUUCUUACCGCACCCUCCAAUGGCGAUGAAUACACGUGCGUAGCGACUGCAGGACUCAAACGUACCACUUCUACCACCACAGUUUACAAUGAGAAUGAUGAAGAUGAGGAACUGCUGGACAUCCAGAAGCUUCUGUUCAAGCCUGCGAAGCCGAUCAUCACGUCCUUCUUCAACGAGGUGUUCCAAGACAUGGGCACUGAUAUCGUACUCCCGUGCCGCGUUUACAGCCUCACCAAAUCCCAGGCUUUGUGGCAAGACCCUAAUGAUGAAGUUAUCUAUGGAGACUCUGGAAGAAUUCGGGUUCUGCCAUCUGGCGAUCUUCUCAUCACCAACUUAAGAUGGAGCGACAUGGGUACCUACACAUGCACGGCGAAAAAUAUGUACGGAAAGGAGUCCGUGUAUACUUUCUUGUACCCCACAAAACCACUACAGUAAAAUGAAAAUGGCCACUACGAAUUUCGACCAAGAAUGUUACCCGCCGAUAGUCCUGUACAAUUGUAUUAAAUGUUCCUAUGUAUUUGUAAGCAUAUUUAAGAUGUUAAUUUAUUGAUUUACCUCUUUAUUUAUUUUAAUGAAAUAGACCAUGUGUGAUAGUAUUAUUAGGUACUUAAUUUAG